AUGGACGAGAGCCUCGAUUUCGACUUUGAGUCUGACAAUGAUGAUUAUGAGUAUGUUCCAAACGAAUUCGACAUAUUGCAAAAGGUGUCUGCCCACGAGAAAUUGUUCCACAACACAAUCAUCAAUCCGGAUAUUUAUAUUGUGAUAAUGAGUCUAACAUUUCUCAUAUUUCUGGUAUCCAAAAGAAAGAAUUCAAGAAGAAUGGUUUUCGGACUUUAUUUUUUAAUUAUUUGGCCAUUCUUUAUUGUGGCAAUUAUUCAUUUGAUCUUGAGAAUAUGCGAAAUCUUGCUUCUGAAGACUCGCGAUCAAUUUUAUUUAAUUAUUGUCAUGACUGGAUCAAAUGCUCCUUAUAUAUUCGAUUUGAUCCUUGAUUCGGUGUACAUUCCAAUCCUAUUUCUAACAAUCUCAGUUCAGCAGUUCUUGCUAAACAACGAAUAUCCCAAUAUUACAGUGAUCAAGUAUUCAAAGGGAAUUAUGAUUGUUCAACAGAAAAACAACCAAUGGGAAUCUACUUUGAUCUGGAAUUAA